AUGGUGGAAUCUGAGGAAGAGAAAGAAGAGGAAGGAGAUGCCGAUGCUGAUACGGAGAUUGGUGAGAGUAGUCAUGUUACACCGGAUGUGGAUUCAGGUACAAAGAAGAGAAAGAAUGCUGACCAAGGAGCAGAUGCAAGGAAGAAGAAGUUGUUGUGCCAGCUAGCUGCUUCAAACAAGGGGAGCGGGAGCACUGACACAGACAUGAAGCAAUUCUUCGAGGGUUUGCUAAAAACUUCAUUUACUGCGUUUGAGGGGAAAAUUGUACAACAGGUCUCCGAUAGAAUGGACAAGUUUGAGACAGAGGUAACAAGCAGGCUCGGGAAGUUGGAGAGUGAGGUUUCACAGCUCAGGACCACGUUAGUCCUCUCCGAAAUAGCUGGAAAGAGUGAUCAACAUACCGGUCCUAGCAAGAGUAUAGUAGACACAGCUCCUGCCUUCUCCCAAAAAGACACAGCUCCUGCCUUCUCCCAAAAAGACACAGUUCCUGCCUUCUCCAAGAAAGACAGCGCUCCUGCCAAGACCAAAAAAGUCACAGGGCCAAAAACAAGAAAGGUAACGAAUAAGAGAAAGGUAAACUUGAUUCUAUCACCAGGAAUUGAUGUGCAUAUGAGUACACAAGAUUACUUGCAAAGCAGCUUUCCGGACCUUUCACAGGAUACAUUUGUAGAGGGUUUUGAUCCUUCUCAACCUAAAACCGAUGAUCCAGGAACAGCACAGAAGAUACCAUGGCCAGAAUUAAAUGACCGCCAAAUAGAUCGUGCCCACGAACCUGAUGCACCAUUGGUAUAUGUGUCUGAAGAAGAUUUCGAUAAAAUGACGAACUGGCAGAACUUAAGAACGAGUUUACAGGUUGGUCCAUGUUUAUUAGGGAAUGAUAUAUGUAAGCGUGUUAUGUCUCCAGUUUUGUGGCUUCACAACAUUGAUGUUUAA